ACCUGAUGGUGGUUUAACACAUCAGCGAAGUGACGGAAGAUGUACCCUCGAAAUCGGUAAAACUCGGAAUUGUUCGGUUCGGAACCGUUUAACACGUGAAUCGAUUGCAGUUGGCCAUCUUUCUGCCGGUAUACGUCAGCUAUAACCCACCGACUCAUUACCGGCUUCUGUAUUGACUGUCUUCCCGCCCUCUGCGUGUGCCAGAUCCGGCCACAUGUGGCACAAAGGAGUCAGAGCUGGCAGAGCCCCCCCGCUUGUAAGCUAUGAGGAGUGCAGAACCACAGCUGAUUGGCUGCUGAAACACACCCAGCUGCGACCCGCCGUGGGAAUCGUGUGCGGGUCGGGCCUGAGCGCGCUGGCCGACAUGCUCAAGGAUCCGCAGGUCUUCAAGUACUGCGACAUUCCCAACUUCCCCCACAGCACAGUACGCGGUCACGCUGGCAAGUUGGUGUUUGGGACACUAAAAGGGAAGCCGUGUGUUUGCAUGCAGGGCAGGUUCCACCUCUAUGAGGGCCACCCAAUCCAGAAGAUCACGCUGCCCAUGCGCGUCUUUAAGCUGAUGGGUGUGAAGACGAUGAUCAUGACCAACGCUGCAGGAGGCCUCAACCAGGACUACAAAGUGGGAGACGUCAUGAUCAUCAAGGAUCACAUCAACAUGCCCGGCUUUGCUGGAGUCAACCCGCUUUGUGGGCCCAACGACGACAGGUUUGGCGUCCGUUUCCCCUGCAUGUCCGACGCCUACGACCGCGAGCUGCAGCAGCUGGCGCACGACGUGGCGGCCGAGCUCGGCUUCAGCAGCUUCCUGCGGGACGGCGUGUACGCCGUCAUCGGAGGGCCGUCCUUCGAAACCAUCGCCGAGUGCCGCAUGCUGCACCGCCUGGGGGCCGACGCUGUUGGGAUGAGCACCGUCCACGAGGUGAUCGUCGCGCGCCACGCCGGGAUGCGCUGCUUCGCCAUGUCGCUGAUUAGCAACCGGGCGGUGAUGGACUACGACAGCCGGGAGAAGGCCAACCACGACGAGGUUCUGGAGACGGGCCAGCUGAGGGCCAAGCAGAUGGAGGUUCUGGUGUCCACCAUGGUGGCCCGGAUCGACGACGACGAGAACGAUGACAAGAACAACUCCUAAACCCGACGACGACUUGUAAAUGUUACAGUUUUAAACCACGAGAGCAGAAAUAGAAACAACUUCUACUGACUGUUACUUUAAAAUAAGUCAAAUACUCUUUGAACAAAUGGACUUUGACACACUCCUCUUUAUACUUGAGUCCUAUAGACUGUAGGUUUUCACAGAUUCCUGCUGUGCUGCUUUGCACUGUGUUCACCUGGCUAAUUUAGCAUUUUUGCAACUUUAUUUUACAAUUAUUUAUUGUCAAAGCUGUAACAUUCCCUAAUAUCGGUACAAAGCGGAACAACUCACUGCACGUCUGAAAUGUUGACAACUGUAAAAGUGAGAUGUAAAAGGAUCUAAGAUAUUUAUGAGAUGUAUUUAUGUGGUGGUUCGGGUUGUUUGGAGACUUAUUUUAAGAAGGGAAGCUGCUUUACACGGGGCGACGGUCAGUGUAUUUAAAUAUGAUUAAUGAGCAUUUGUCAGUUUUACUUUAUUUUACAAUCAUGGCUUCAAUUUUCUAAUAAAUUACCUGGAAUCAAAGUGA